UUCCUGCGUCGCUUUUCACCUCAGUAACGAGUCACAUGUUCGAAUCCCACCGGGUUUUAUCUGUUCUUACUCGAUUAACCGACAUCAAACAAAUCGGGGAGCCGGAAAUGACGUGUAACUGUGGCAACCGUAAACUUCCCCCCGCUGAACCUGACGACAGAUUGAGCUCAGGACAACAAGGAGUGGCCAUCGCCCAGAGAUGUCUGCUGACAUACCCACGGACGGAACGCCUCCACACACAGAUCCAGGUCCGUCGCUUCACCCUCCAGCCUCCGCUUCAGCACCGACCUCUAGAGUCCGUGGUGUGGAGCUCCAGGGUCACACAGCGGACAUGCUGUCCCCUCAGGGUGAGCCAUUGGCGGCCAAGACUCGCACGUCCUCUCUGCUGAGCCCUGACGAUGCUGUCCCCCCUGGACCGUCCCAGCCGACUGCUACCGACAUGGACGCCUCUCAGACAAUCAAUAAAAACAUGGAACAAACUGAAGCUGGUCCCAGUGAGCUGCUGCUGCACAUUGAGCAGAUCCACCGGGUUCUACAGGAGCAGAGCCGACAGCUGACCCUUCUGGGAACAGCCCCCUGGUUUCCCAGCGUCGCCUGCUCCAUCAGAUGGAAGGAGGCCCGAGGUUCGACCUGCCCCCACAUGUCUCAGCCAGAUUCUGUCCCGGCGCCAAGUUGGAUUCCAUCUGCUUCGAGGAAAAGCUUUGAGAAUCGCGGAGAGUUUGUUGAAGAGCAGCAGGAAGCUCAUGAGCCCAAACAGCUGAAGAACAAUGGUGCAUCGGUGAGGUUGAAACAAAGACGUCACUUCUUGAGGAAACGUGAGGACAUUUCCAGGAUGAACAGAAAUAAUUUGAAGGUCAGUGACCAGCAGGAGCUCCAGAGGAGGGCGUCUCUCCGCCAGCAGCAGCAGCAGCAGCGCAGCAGGAAGCUGACGUCUGGCGUCCGGAGAUGCACCUCUGCCUCAUCGAAGGUCUUUAAAGAUGGAGGAACGUGCAGCCGGGAGUUUGGGACUUCACAGGACUUCCACUCUGGUUUAUUCAAUCCUCAGACAUCACAGGAUCGGACAGAGAUCCAGGCUCAAACUGAAACUAAAGAGAUCAGGGAAAUUCACAUGACAAAAGAAGGGAAUGGAAAUUUACCAUUUCAGUCACGACAGAAAAAGUACAGAGCCAACAAACCCACAGGGAAAACCAAUUUAGAGGAGACGGAGUCCAGAGUUGUUCAAUCGGUCUCCGAGCUGACAGCGUCUGUGAGCUCAGAGAAAAGGCUGAAGCAUCAGGAAAUGGAAAACAUGGGUGAAACUGCAGGAAAGUUUGUGAGUGAGGACGAGGUUAAAGGUCAGAUUGGGCUGGCAGCACCUCAAGGAGGAAUGUCUGUGGGAUCAGGCGGUGCCACCUCGAAGGAUCGGUGGGAAAAGUCCCUCCAGCAGAACGACCCACACGUCUGGACGCCCGAACAUCCCAACGCUGCAAAUGAAUCAAAUUUAGUGCAACGUUUCCACAUUUCCCCCCCUGUGAGAGAGAGCAGCGUGUCCCCUCGGGCCUGGAGACAUCAGGAAGUUAUUGUUAGUUCUGAGACAGUGAACGACCACAUCGAAAGAGUCCCAAGCUCGGAUGUGGAAACUCAAUCCACAGGCCGCGAUGAAACAAAAACACACUUUCAGCUCCGCCAGCGUGGGGAGUCGAGACCAGGAAGAGACGCAACCUCACACCGGGUCAAAGGUCAAAAACAAGCUGCAACAGUGCGUCUCUCUGCACCGAGCGGCACGAGUCAAGCCUCAACACCUCGGAAACGCAGCACAUUUCCCACGCAUUCCUCCGCAAGCAGCAGCAGCAGCUGCAGCAGCAGCAGCGAGGGUGAAGAUAACCCACCCUCACAGUGUCACCAGUUUCCCAAGCUCCCCUCCCCCCCUCGCUGCAGCGGCCCGCAGGAGUCUAAGCGCUCAGAGGACGGUUUCACCAGCGACGCUCCCAGCGAGGCUGAGGACGGAGGGAUGUUACCGUGGAAACAGAAGCAGGACCUGAGGCAUGGUCCAGGUCUUCAGCAGCACUCGAACAGAGAAAAUAUGACUCAUGCGGUUCAGACAGCGCUGAGGAGAAACUCGCUGAAACCAGAGAUGGAACAUGAUGAUCCAGAUAAAACAAAAACGGCGCAAACAUUCUGGGGAUUUCACAGAGAACCAGUGGAGGGAGGCUGCACAGGAGGAAACAGAAAAGAGGUCAUGAAGAAUCAACACAGUCUGAACGAACUGGAGUCCAGGGACGUCCAGCAGGACGGGGGUGAUUGGUCGGUAGUUCGAUGCCACCUCCAGGAGCUGAUCAGAGAAAACUUGGAGCUGAGGAAGAGACUGACUCUCACUCCACAGCGCUGUCUGCAGGCCGGACGAUGCACUGCACCGACACGCUCAGCGAACCAGCAGGAACAAAAACAGGUUCAUUUCACCACGAAACACAUGAACAGACUCGUUCGAUGCAACAAAAACUCUAAAUGCCACAAAACCUGCUCGGUAACAUUUUGGUCUGAACAACAUCUGCACCGGCAGAGAAGUGUUUUCAUUUCCACGAGUUACAAAACUGAAACCUGUGGUCGUUGCUACGUUCAGUUACAAUAUCUGUUGUUUUGAUCGCUUGUUCCUGAGAAUCUGUUCUUCGGACACAAUCAGAAAAACAGAGGACUCGGUCGUAGACGAGGCCUCACUCUGUUACUCUCAGAGGACGGGGGACACGUUUGUCCUUUAUCUCCGUGGGUAGAUGAAUUUCCUGGACAGACUGCAGAGAUAACGCCUGCACGUGAGACACACUCACACUCUGGGGCUCGCGUGAGAACAUUUAAUUCUCUCUUCCUUCACUUCUCUCCUCUCUUAUUUCUUUGAGCUUUUCUUCAACGCUCAUUUCAGCCGGAUGGAUUCCACCUGUUGAUGAGGAGGUGCGUGUUCGUGAGAUUUGAUCACGAGCACAAUCAGAACCUGAACCCGAAACCAAAACCAUAUGAGGCAACAGGCUCCGCUUCACUUGAGGACAGGUUUAUAGAACUGAGGUCUCAACACCACAAGGAGUCAUUGAUGGAGUCAGUCGUCAUAGUAGACGACCUGAAACACUCAGAAUGAAACAAUAUUUGAUAUUUGUUGUAUCUGCCAGUGAUGUGGAAUCAAUGCGUCUCUAUUAAAACUAGUUUGACAGAAAGUUAGAACCUUUACAAAUGAAAGUCAAUGAUUAAAACAGUAAAGACUCAUUAAUGCUGCAGCGCCAAAAGGAAUCUGUUUGAAAAACGUUCUUAUAAAGAAAAACCUGUGAAGUUGUUUAAAAGCUGAAUAAAUUAAA